CCCCCCCCCCCCCCAGUACACAAACGGUGCCUCAGCUCAUCGAGUUAGCCAGCGCUAGACCGUGCGGCGGGCGGCCGUUUUCGCCAUUUUCUCCAAUCAUCGAGUCAACAUUUGCAUCGCCUAGCAACAUCCGACCGUACGGGCAACACCAGCAGCAACAAUCAACCAUCGAAUCAAGCCGUAACAGGCCUUCGUCGGCGCUGCGGGCACGGCCCGCGAAACUUACGCGGCGUACGCGUACUGCAAAUUUGAGCUCAGCUACCCUCCCAACCGGAGUCCGUACUUGCAAAAGAGGUACUGUCACAACAAAAAGUCCUGCCCGUGCUGAGUCAACCAAAAUUCGGCUCACUUGGCAUCGGUUUCCGUGUUGCACUCAGCUGUGAGGCAUCACGCACUAGGAAGGGUACAAAAGGCACCCGAAACCAGAUAAUGUGACCAAGUGGUGAUGCAGCAAAAGUGAAGAGUGCUACAACCAAGUAAGAAAGAGAGAGAAAAAGAAGCAUAAAAAAAGAAAACAAAAGGAAAAUGUGGCAGGGAAGUGCACCGCACUCGGGUUGGAAAAUCGCUCAAGCCAACGGCCCAUCAUACCGCAAAACGAUAUCCGCGCUAUCUAACGCUACGGUACGCGGGUACGUGCGUAUUGCGUGUUAAAAUUUGUGCCGCUGUGUCUCUUUCCCCGUGCCAGCUUCUGCUCGGUGUGUCUGUGUGUGUGUUUGUGAAUUUUGUGCAAAUUCUAAAGUCGAACAAGUUUUGGGGGAUUCGUCAAAACGUACGUCAGUACCGAGCGGCUCAUCUGCCAUCGGUCGCGGGUUGUUUACCGCCGCACCUCCUGCCCACCGAACGCUCGCACACAAAAUUAAAAAAAAAACCGUUCGAUAUCGGACGCGGACGCGUAAAGCGCAAAACUGUACCGACUUUACAAGCAAAACAGAAAAGAACAGCGAGAGCGCCAACCAGCGAGAGUGUGAGUUUGAGAGGAAGAGAGCGGAUGCGCGCUGCGCGCCGUAUACUAAAAAAUCGGGACCGCAUCCCAGCUCUCGGUCCCAAGAUUCGAGAGCGUUCCGGCAGCGUCGCCGUCGGUGCGCAGUUUGGCGGAGAGCUCGCACCGCGCUUCGUAUUAGUAGCCCGCCGAAUGGGGGUGGUAUAGAAGCAGCUAGAGAAAAGGCAGAAGAAGUAGAGGAAGCGGAUAAAAAAGCACCCGAAAAGCAAAGAAAACACAAACAGCGAGCAGCAGCGAAUGUUUGUGUUGGCAAAGCGAGCAGCGCGACCACCAUUAGUGGCAUAGUCGUCGCGGAGGCGUCAACUCGGAAAAGGACGCGAGGCUCGUCACUAUCAACCUCAACCCUCAAACAAACGCGCCCCGACCGCCAGGGGCAGUAACUCACCUGCAGCAGCGACUGGCUUGUUUUCCUUUGUGGGCAAAUCUGGGGGCAGCCACAGGGUGACCAGAACCCCCAAAGUCCGAUUAUUGUUUUUGUUUUUGUUUUUUUUUUCGGGCCAGUGAAAACUUCGUCUUUGUGUACAAGUGCAGUGCAGUGUGAGUGCGUGCAUAUAUGUGUGUAUGUAAGAGCUAGAGAGGGUAGCAAAAGGUUGAGUCGGAAAAUCGUGUUGGUGUAAGUGAGUGCAAAUUUUGACAGGUGCUCUAAGAAAAUAGUCUGCCCUGCAAGAUAUAUAGGGCAACCGACGAAAACGCUGCUCUAGCAGUGCACGAAUGCCAUUCCAGAGCCACCUGUAACGAUCUCGCACAUUCAUUCUCCGCCCCGCCGUUAUCGAAAACUGUUCGGCUGUGCGGUUUACACCACCGGACCGAGUGCUUACCUGCGAGUGUUUCGUGUUUGGUGCAAUCUAGUAACGUUCUGGUGCGAGAUCCUGGUUGGGCUAGCAAACACACCAGCGUCGUCAGCAUCACCAUCGCCAUCAUCAUUAUCACAAUCUGGCAAUCCGGUGUGCGACGCUAGCAGAGGACGCCUUGCUUGGGGACUCGCCUUUGCGCGAAAAAAGGGCAGCGGUUGUGCAGCACGGGGAGAACGGUAACUCACUCCCGUUCUAUAUAUACAUCGGUGUGCUGCUGCUGCUGCUGCUGUAGUGUGUUGUUGUUUGGUUCUCCCUUUGGCUUCGGCUCAAUCUCUCUCUCGCACGCUGUAUCUCUCUCUGUCGGUCUGUUUAUCUCGUUCUCUCUCUGGUUUCUGAUCUACUGUCCCGUGUACUAUCCCCAUCCCGCCACCCCAACAAGCUGUCAUAGGGCACCGUUUGUUGUUUUUUUGCCCUUGCUGACGCGUGAGCGCAGUUGCAACUGCAUGCGAGCGCGCUCGCUCGCUGCACUGCUGCCAACAUGCUCUCCUACAUGCUGCCAGUCGAGGAAAAAUCGCCAUCCGCAGCGGCUGCAGCAGCAACGCGUAAUCUAAGCCUCAACCUGACCACAACAACCACCACAACCGCAACCGGUGGUGUCGGUGUUGGCAACGGCAGCGGUGGUGGUGCAGGUGCGGCAGCCAGUGUUGCCGGUGGGGCGAUCGGGCGCGACAGUUCCGGUGGCGCUACCGCGGCCAGCACAUCGUCCGCCCAGGUGCGCUCCAUCAUCAAGCCUACAAUCAAACACAGUGGCGGCGGCAGUGCUGCCAGCCAUCGCUAUCAGCUGAUCAGCGGCGGCUCCGAUGCGAAACUGGUAGGCGACUCCGGUGCGCCAGGCGGUGCAGCAGCUGCUACGGUCGGGGGUGGCCGCGACGUGCGGUCGGGCCGGGGCCGCUGGCAGGACGAGCCGGAGGCCGAUCAGUGCGACGAAAGCACCAACCUGCUGGCCGGUGCGGGCGCGGACGACGACGACGAGGACGACCGGGACGCGAUCGACGAUCGGCCGCGGCGCGGUGCCGCCGUCAAGAGUGACAAGAACUUUAACAACCUGAUCGUGGUGCCGAACGGGCGGCACGGGAAACCUACCAACGGCAACCAUGCCGGCCCGCCGGCCAAGCUCGCGAGCGUGCUAAAGCCGACGAACGGUGUCGGGUCGAACGGGCGGCCGGGCAGCAGCAACGGUGGCGGCGCCACCGGUGGCCACACCGGCGCCUACUACAAUGGCUACCUAGCCGUCAGUGGCGACAACGAUGACGAGCACCAUCGGCUGCUGGUCAGUGCGAACAAUCUGCGAAACGCGAGCGGCGAGACGCGCCCCGAGUGGUCCCCGCAGGGCCGAACGAACGGGUGCGGCCCGGCCACGACCGAGCCAUCGGGCCGGCCGGCUUCCUCCUUCGCUAGUGGCGCGCGCACCAACGGCAACUGCCGCACGAUGAACAGUCUGAACGGGAACCUGCUGGGGUCGGACCCGCCAGCCGUCGCACCGUUGCCCCUGGAAACGACAGACAUUGGUGAUGGUGGUGGUGGUGGUGGUGGUGGUGGUACCGGUGGCGCGGCUGACGUGUCCCUCGGCAGUGACUCCGACUCGGCGACGGGGGCAGGUGGUACCGGGUCGGCCUCCGGCGGGGGCGGCAAGAAGGUGAAGCUAAACAAGCUCGGCGGCAACAAGAACGUCACACUGAAAAGAGUAUCGUUCGGCUCGUCCAAAGGUUCGAUGGUGGAAACGCUGGUGUUCGAGACGCCCACCCCCCUGCCAGAGCACGCCGAGCGGGAGUUCUUUCAGUCGCCGGCCGUGCUGGCCGGCGCCGGCCACACAACCGUGUACAGCGGGGGCAGCGGCCCGCCCGGCACCACCCUGGUGCACCAUCACUAUCCGGCCCCGGGGCUGGCGCACCAUCCGCACCACCUGCCGCACCAUCACCAUCCGUACCAGCCGCAGUAUUCCGGGGGCUACCACCAUCCGCUGGACGGGGGCCCGGCGGGCACAGGAGCAUCACACGAUGACAGCGGCAUCGAGCUGCAGGAAGAAGUAGAGCGCUCGAAGGUGCGUGUAUCGUUCUUCCAGAGCAGCAAACCGCAAUCAAUCAGUCCGCCGGAGUCGCUGCACCUGUACGGUGGGCAAAGUUUGAUUCAUUUCGGUAACGGCGGCGGCAGCGGCGGUGACGGCGGCUAUGAUAACAACAACUCGCCGCUAGACACCUACAUCACCUCGGCCGCGCUCAACCAGCAGUACGACGCGCUGUCCAGCCAUCAGCAGCAGCAGCAGCACGCACACUUUCAUCCGGACCACCGGGAUCCCGACAUGGCGGCUGUCUACGGAGGUGCCAACGUGCCGCCAACGGCCUUUAACCGACAAAUGAGUACCGAGUCAGGCUGGGACAAUCCAUUCAGACCGGGCGGCGACCUGUCGAGGGAAGCGGACGAAAUAGUCAAUCUGAUCAAAGGUGGCAAACCGAUCACACCAACCGGCGACCAAAGCUUAGUGAACGGCAGCACUCCUAAGGACAGCCACAGCACCGACGACCCGGACACGACGGUUGUGGACGGUGCGGUAGCAAAGCACGAGGCCUCGCAGCUGCAGGCAGCGGCUGCCCAGCAGAACGGCACCAAAUCGCCCCACAAAUCGCCCGGCACGGCCGGCGGAGGUGCCGCCGGUUCGCCCGCGCUCGGCGCGAAAAAUGGCACGACCGGGGCGGACGGCAGCACGGUCCACAGCAGCACGACACCGAUCAGCAACCAGGUGAUACCCGGUCCCCAGUCCGCGUCGCACGUCGUGAUCGACGAGAAGAAGAAGAAAAAGUGCACCUGUUGCGUUAUACAGUAAACAACCCAACCCCACCCCUCCCCUCCUAGUCCACCCACACGCAGGAGCACGGGGCUGUUCGGUGGGUGCGUUGCGCGCGCGUUUGUGUAUGAGUGUGUGUGUGUGUGUGUGUGUGAGUAAGAAAAGGAAAAAGAGAGACAGAGAGAGAGAGAGAGAAAGAGAAAAUAGGAAAGCAACAAACGUGGACGUGAUGGUGGAAGAAAUAAUAACCCGACCCCGUUCUCUGCGCUAUAUAUCGUUAUACAUAUGCAUAUAUAUAUAUAUAUUUAUACGACCGCAGACGACGAACGUACGGGCACACUCGAUGGAACCCAACCCAAAUACAUAAUAUAUUAGCAAAAAACAAACAAACAAACAAACAAAAUCAACUCACACUCACGCACGCACGCACACGAACGCAUGCACGCACCAGCAUCCUUUCUCUCUCGCUCUCUCUUCCUGCAAAUGGCUGCGGCAAUGCGCUGCAGUGAGCGAAAGGCGCCCGCAACGCCGCCAUCGGAUGCCCUAAAAUACUACGUCUUCUUCUGCUGUGAGGCGGGCGCGGAUCGAGAAGAGGGGUUUUAAUGCUAAGAAAAAUCACCUUGCUGCUUGUUUGAUGUUAGGAAGAGUAACACACCCACACACACACACACACAUAGGACUACAUAACGUGGCUACUAAUUGUGCUGUAGACGUGUGAGAGCCCGAGAAGCUCCACCUUGAGGAAACCACAUAACCACCUGAAGGACGAUGAAGGAUUGAACGAGAGGAGGUGGGGCUUGUUAGGGAGAAUGAGUGUGUGUGUGUGUGUGUGUUUGUGCGGCUGGGUGUGCGCAACAUCCCAACACACACACACACACCACACACCAUACACACAUGUGUGCAUACAGUGCGGCGGCGCUAGCCAGGGCAAGGCAGACGAUCAAGCGUAGUGCUAGCGUAGUAGCGCCAAGGAACAGGCAAAGCGGUCGUAGAACCCUGAUGGCCAUUUCCUUGGCCCAUUCUAACAUUCUUUGCACCAAAUGUCAACCUUCACCUUGCUCUCUUUCUGUUCUCCGGAUUUUCCCCCUUUUUUUUCUACUACACGGUGACGAAUGUGGUAAGAUUGCAACUGAUCAUACCAACCCCCGUACUUCCAAACUCUUCAGCGUUUUCUUUAAAUGCUUCAGUCCUUUCAUUUGCCUGUCCCGUUUCGCUCGCACACAAAUGUUUCGCAAAGACGUCUUUUGUGUAGUUCAGAACAACAACAACAACAACAAAACAGAUUAAUACUAUCGAUAGAGAGAUAGAGAUAGAGAUAGGGAAAGAGAUGCAUAGCGAGAUAGAGAGAGAGAGAGAGAGAGAGAGGAGAGAGAUAGAAAGAAAGAAAAGGAGAAAAUUUUAUCGUGUACUCUGACAGCAAAAGUAUUUAUUUUACUUUUAAAAUAAACUUACCCAAAAAAAAAAACAACAACAACAAAAACAAAAACAGCCCUGCUAUGAUACGUCAUUCUUUCCUUUUGCUUUCAGUAGAAAGGGCUCAUAAUGCACCGCACUGUGCCACUGCGUGUAUGUGUGUGCGUGUGUGUGUGUGUGUGUUUGUAAGUCGAUAUGUGUGUAAGCUGUGGGUGUAUGUGGGUGAUUGUGAUGUAAAGCAUUCAUGUUGUAAUUAACUCCAACAGUGGUUGAUUUACUUUAGGUUUCGUUUUAAUUACUUAAAACACUUUUUUUUUUUCAAACUGACUGACCCCAAAUCACCUUGCUUUGCUUGCGCCACCUCAUGCGUUUGAUGUACAGUGGGGGAAAUCUGCAGCUAGCUUUUGUACCACCAUACUGUACCCGCAAACACACACAUACACACUCACAUGACUAUACACGGACACUCCCGAAAGAAAUUUACAGGGGUGUGCUUCCUGAGUAAACCAAACGAGUAACAUUUUUACUAUUUAGAAAUGUUUAGUAUUAAAAAGUGGGGCAGGGGGAGAGAAAAGUAAGCGGACGCACGUCCACAAACAUACACCGGCAAAAAAGAAAAUGCAUACAGCAACAUCGUGAAGGCGGCGAAUGGGGCUAUUAAAAAGUAAAAGAAAAGGUUAUUUGUAGGAGAAAUGCAGCGGCGAAGCGAAUGCAAUAAGGGAGGAGCGAGAGGGUUUAGUUGCGCUGCAUUUUGUGACUGUAUGUGUAGCCGUUUGUGGAUGUGCAAAAAUGGGGGUGAUAUUGCGCGAGCAGGCGAAGGGCCGGACCAUCCUGGAGCUAUUUAUUUAACGCAAACCGUAAGAAGAAACGCAAAAGAAGGAAAGGGAAGGCACGGAUACUGUUUGGGGGUGAAAUUAAAGAUGGCAAUAACAUAUAAUCACAGUUGUAAGAAAGCAAGGAACCAAGCAAGUGAAUGUGUUUGCGAAACAGGAAGAGUCAUUAGAAGGGAAUCUUAUAUAUAUUUUUGUCCCUACAACAUACACACACACACAUAUAUACACAAAAAAUCGCCUUAGCUCUGCGCAGUGAGGUGACCUUGCUGGCUACUCUUCCUGUGUUAUUAAUAUUUAUUUUAAUUAAUUCCAAGAUCCUUAUUACCACAAAAAAAAACAAACAAAACAAACCUUUAUCGUACUCGCAAGGACCCCCUCCCUUUACCCUGAUUAGGCGUUGUUUAAACGUGAUAUACGCUAUACUAACCGGGGGUGAGCAGAAGGCUGUCCACGUACUGGUUGCCGUGUAAUAAUGCAGCGCAGUGUAAUCUGGAUCGAUGAAGGAGUUGCGCUCGCUCCAGGUAGAUGUGUAACGAGAACCCUAUCGGUAAAGAUCGGUUGAUCCGUUCUGUCUCCUUGCGCCCGCCCAAAAGGCGUCCUGUGUUUUAAGAAGGAAGGUGUUUGUGGUACCGAAAACCUCCCCCCAAAAACAAAAUGGUAUAUUUUUCGAAACAGAUAUGUAAUGUCAUGAUAUUGAAACGAUUCAGCCCUUCGUCAGGGCGCAAAAGCAGCAGUAAAAGGGCAGCCCAACAACACACUCGCUUACAAACAAUAAGUGUCAUUUUUCCACACUGUCUCUUAGUUGACUCCAGCAAAUGGACUUGAAUAAAGUAAUGCUUUCUCUCUGGAUGUGGGGAUGUUAUUGUUUUCCUUUUUUUUGUGUGUGCAAUUCCGUCUGCAUCCUGCAGCAUCUCAACAACAACAACAAAACAUCCUUCAAAUGUGUCUGUUGAUGAUGUACAGCUUGAAAGAAAGACAAUAGGAAUAGUAGAAUUGAUCAUUUAACUCUAUGGAGGCACAACCUGUCACAUAUUGUAGCUAUCAGUUCCCUAAUCACUCAACUUUAUUGAGCAUCCUUUCGUUCCUAUUCACUACUGUGGGUGCAAGAAAGAGAGAGAGAGAGAGAGAGAGAGGAGAGAGAGAGAGAGAGAGAGAGAGAUAAUCAUACACACUCACACUCUCGUGCAUGUAUUCAACAAAGAUAUAAAAGAGAUCAUGAUUUGCCAAACGAGCCAAACGUUGGAAUAGGGAAGUACACUUUUGCCCUAAAUAUGAGAGUUUUUUUACUCCAGAUUAUAAACCUUACAUUUAUGGUCAAUACUGUAGUCCACUUUCGUUGCGUGUAUACUGUAGCUAGACGGUGCUAGAUACCGACGCAACUGCGAACGCGAUGUCACUACCACCUAGUGCUGACAUAAUUGGAAUUGUUUGUCAACUUGCAGUACUGCCAUCUUUGCACUACUGGAAGCGAUUUUGAUGUAAUUCAACCAUUUUGGUAUAUUUUCAAAACACACGCAUACACGCGAACACUCAUUUGCACUUUCAAAUGAUGAUGCAUCCCCUGGCCUGCACCCUCUCCCGAAAUUCAUAUUUAAAUUCAUUUGAAGAAAAUCAGGUCUCGCUGGGGCGAAAUAGUGGAUAACAAAAGUGACAAAUAGAGUAUAUAUCUAAAAGAAACUAGACUAGAUCGUCGAGUAUAGAAUAAUGUAACAAAGAAGAACAAAAAAAUCAAAAGAUGUGAAACAAUCUUGUUUACAAAAGGAAGCGAAAAGAGAAAACGAAGAGAUGGUGAAAAAUUAAU